AUGUACACACCUGCCACAGGCUCUAAGUGCCUAAGAAGUGGUUCUUCAGCCCCUCAGUGCCCUCCCGGAGCCCUUUACCUGAACGGGAGCCUGAGAGAACGGACGACAGGAGCCGAGUGGAAAGCAGUGUCCGCGCCGGAGAUCAGCGCCGAGGGCGGGAGCCGACGUCUAGGGACCACAGAGCCGCGACGCGGCGAGCCGCGCACGGGCCAUUCCGCCGCCGCGAACGCAGAAAGCCCCGACCGCGCUCCGAGUCCAGCCAGCUCGCCUGUCACCUCGAUCUCUGCUUUAAGUGGCUUCCGGUCGCCUCCUCCCGAAGGCCCGUCGCGGAGGCGGAGCCUGGGCGGCCGGAGUUCGGUGGGGUGGGGUGAGGAGGCCGGGCGCUCAGUGGGUGUCGGGAAGAAGACCCGCCCCCUGCGCGCGCGUGCGCGUUCGUUCGAGGGGAGGCGCGCGAGUUCUGUGCGGUGGACUUGUGCUCCCGCGAGGGGGCGUGUCCUUUCUCGCGCCCGCAGUGUCCCUGAGGGUCCGCGUCUACACGCGGCUGUGAGGAAGGAAGGCGCGUGCCGCGUGGGACGGGCUCCACCUGCCUGCGGACAGAUGGAGGGUCACUUUGUUCCGAGAAGACGCAGGCACCCGAGGGAGGAUGUGAAACGGAACGACCCGUUUCGAAUAAUAACAGGAUGGAGAUGGAGUUUCAUGACAAAAAUGAAGUUGCUGGGCACGCAAGUAGUGAAAAAAACGGACAUGAUCUCUGCCUUCGUGUUGCAUAUGGAAGAAGAUGUAUUAACUCAAAUAACCACUCAAAUCAACUUACAACCGUAAACUUUAAUAAGUGCUUUGGAAGAAGUCUUUCCUGGUGAAGAAACAUUUGGUUGGCUCUGAUGAUGGAAAAGGAAAGAAAGAAAAGAAAAAAAGACAGAAAGACAGAAAAAAGAAAGAAAGAGAAAGAAAGAAACAAAGAAAGAAAGAAAAGAAAAGAAAGAGAAAGAAUCAAAGCAACAAACAAAAAACAGGACAGAAUGAUUGGAGCACAAUCCCCAUGGAAUGGCUGUUAAUAUUAGUGGAAGGUAAAUUGGCCAAUGUUCAAAAAAAACUCUCUCAGGAAUGGUGAUUGUAUGCCUUUGGUUUACAGCAGGAAAACGCUGACCUCUCCCGAUCUCAGGUAUAGGUCUAGAGUGGAGGGCUUCUUAUCUUAUCCUACGAGUUUUAAGAAUAACACCUCAUGACACCCUCCUUCUUAGCCCUGACUCCAUGGUUUCUUGGACUCUGGCAGCUGAGGUGUUGGGGAACCCCUGUGGCCCAUUACUCUCUUGUCCCAUCCCCUCUAGGUCACUUAGUCCAUCUGGCUCUCUAGUCUGCACACUGGCACUAAGUCAAAGUUCUCAAAGUACUGCUUGGAUCGUGUCAGGUCUCUUCUCAAAAACCUUUAGGAACCUUUCUUAUUUACCAAGUUGAAGUAAGUGCUGCUUCUGUUUGGUCCCAGCCUACCUUUGGAUCCUUUGGCCUCCUCUUUUUUCCAAGACCUCAUCAAGAUGUCACUGCUUGCUUUUCUCCAAACACAUAUCCUCUUUUGCCACCUCUGUGUCUUUGCUCCUGCUGUACCCCAAUCCUUCCCUGCCUGGUAAAAAUCUACUUACCAUUCAAAACCCCUUUCUAAUACCACUUUUGCCAUGAAGUGUUUUGAAUGUGAUCGUCCUCCUUGAAAUCCUUUCACGACUUAUGCUAUUCUCAGGGUACUUGCUAGUUUUUUGGGGUUUGGGUUAUCUGUGUGCUUUGUCUGAUUCUCUCCUCUCUCCCCACAUUUGACUGAUGCUUCAAGGGCACAACUCCUUUCUCCUCUUUGUAUCAACUGAGGUCCUUAGCACAAGGCAUUGAAUAUAACAGGCAGUCAACAAAUACUGAACUGGAUUGCUUUUCAGACGAGACAAACAAGAAUUCUGAAAGAAGUUAGAAUGUGGGAAGAGAGACUUGUGAGCAAGCGUUCACAAAUGUUGGAAUGUACUGUGAGGAUAAGCAGAGGAGCAGCCAGUAGGAUGAGUGCAGGCGUGGUAGGCAGCCAAUCAUGUGGGCCUGGCAGUGAAGGAGCUGCAGGCCUGAAGCCAGGACUUCAAGGCCACCCUCCCACAUGUGGCCUGCUGCCUGGACAAGCCACCCUAAGAGUCCCACAGACUGUAUGAGUUAUAGGUGACUUGAGACAAUUCACUCUCCUCCUAUAAGCUCUUUCAGGUGGCUUGGGAAGCCCCUGUCACCAGUCAUUUUUAUAUGACAGCUGCAUGGGCGGAACAGCUGGCCCCCUCCACUCUAUUAAUGUGUGUGUCUACUCCUAGCUAUGAAGGCCUCAGUCCACCAUGCCAGUG